UUUUGCUUCAAGCCAAAUUUACGAGUCUACAUUGUCAAAGCCCAUACAUAUGGAGGGAUGUUUGCUCAAUGAUGAGAAAUCGCAACAAGAGCCCAAAUGCUGCAGAUACUUACUUCAUUUCGCGCCUUGGUUGGCUGAACAACCCUGAUGACUGAUAAAUGGGCUGCAUGCGAUCUUCUACCCUCAAAUUUGGAAAACUAGUAGCAAAUCUGCAAAUCGUAGCCUUACCAGAAAGACCUGCCCUGUCAGAAAGCUAAAUCGAACAAUAGCUUUAUGUGUCUGCGAUUCACAGGGCCAUAUUCUGGCCGACCUGUCUGAAUAUGGGGCUCUGAUCCGUAAGUGGCACUGGUGGCGGCCUGCAGGAGCUCUAGAUGAUGCCCGCGUUUGCUUGACGUGUGUGAUACCACCUAUAUGAAUCAGGCCCCUCCCCACGAGAGAAGCCCCGGGGAAACCAUUUCUUCAAAACCUCUUUUUGAUUUUUUACUAAGAUUUAUCUGGAAGGGACAUUGAGAUUUGUACAUAUUUGCUCAGGGCUACCUCAAAAAUGGGAUCCGUGAAGGUUGAAACACGCACUCUCUCGAGUGACGUUGAUCUUCUCAAGGACAACAAUCCGAACCAGUUAUUCUGCAUCCAUCCAGUGUCCCCUGACAUCUCCCAAGGAUGGCGCAGGAUUACAAUGAAAGACUUGUCUUUUGCAACGGAUCUCCUAGCACAUUGGAUUGAAGCAAAUGUGGCUGCUCGCUCAAAUCACGAAACGCUGGCUUAUAUGGGAGCGAACGACAUACGCUACGCGGCUUUUAUCCUUGCUUGCAGCAAGGUCGGGCAUGUUCCGUUACUCAUCUCACCCCGAAAUUCGGUGGAGGCAUCACGCCAUCUUCUCGAAGAGACAGGAUGUUCGAAGUUCGUCUACAGUGUAGAGCGCGAGAGGCAAGUAAAUGAACUGCGGAGCGCAGAUCCCAGCAUCCAGGUGUGGACCGUUCCAGACCUUUGGGACGUUUUCACAAACAGUGAAGUCGUGCCGUAUGAAGCAGUGGGGAAGCAGCACGGAGGUCCGGAGGAUGAGGUUGCCGCUAUUAUUCAUAGUUCUGGGACUACAGGUAUGCCAAAGCCAGUUCCACUUACGCAUGGAUAUAUCGCUGCACAGAAGAGGAUCCAAGCUCUGCCAGUGCCCCCCGGGCGAGUUGCCAGCGUUUACAGUGCUUGCGAACAAGGAAAACUGGCUUUCGUAAUGAGCCCAUUUUUUCACUUCAUGGGCUUGCUUACAUUGAUUACUUCAAUUACUGGCGGGACGCCGUUUGCACUAAGCCCGGAAAAGCCGCUGACGGCCGAGUUGCUGGACGCAGUGGUGACUGAGACAGGAGCCACUUCAACGAGUCUUCCACCAUCAGCCAUAGAAGAUCUUUAUGCCUCCCAGCUAGGUCGAGAAACUUUAGCGAAGUUUCAUUACAUCGCCUACGGAGGAGCACCUCUGUCACCCGACACUGGGGAUAAGCUGUGUAAAUUAACACACGUGCAGACAGUGCUCGGGUCGAGCGAAUGUGGCUUGAUUGCAGCUCUGAAGGCGGAAGAUCGCGAAGAUUGGGGAUAUUUUGAAUGGAAUCCUUUUUACGCAGUUGACAUGCGGGCCCAGGGGGAUGGCACUUUCGAGCUAGUUAUCCCUCGACAAGAAAAUCGGUACGUCCACGGCGUCUUUCACACGUAUCCAGAUCUCCAGGAAUAUCGCACCGGCGACCUUUUUAUCCCCCAUACACAGAAACCAGGGCUUUGGAGAUAUAUUGGUCGUGGAGACGAUGUUAUUGUUCUCAGUAACGGGGAGAAAUUCAACCCGACAUCAAUGGAACUAGUUAUCCAGGGACAUCCGCUGGUUUCAAAAGCCAUGGUGAUGGGCCAAGGGCGGUUCCAGGCAGCUCUCCUCUGUGAGCUAGAUUGGGACAAUUGGACAGGAGAUGAAAUCGCGUUCAUCGAGGAAAUCUGGCCAACUGUGCAGAGGGCGAACGAGGGUGCGCCAGGACAUGGGCGCCUGAUGAAGUCAAAAAUCGGCAUCUCGUCGCCUUCAAAGCCUUUUAAAACCACACCGAAAGGGAGUGUUCAACGGCGGAUGGUCAUUGCAGACUACAGCAAUGAAAUUGAAACGCUGUAUUCCAAGUCCGACAACGAAGCUAUUAUUACUAUCUCCAAAGAUGCAACUGCAAAGGAGAUAGCUGUGCAAGUGAGAGCUGUGGUUUCAAGCCUGCUUCCGUCGCAGGAGAUUGGUGACAAUAGCGACAUAUUUUCUUUGGGCAUUGAUUCCCUCCAAUCACUGCAGCUUGGGCAGGCUUUAGAUAGUGCAGUCCGAGCCAUUUGCCCACAGUUGCGCAAGGACGCUUUCUCCAGCAGGCAAAUAUAUUCUCACCCUUCUGUGUUUGCCCUUUCACAAUACAUGUACGACCUCAUUCACGGGACGGCCAUGGUAGAUGAAGCCGGGACCGGAGUGGAGGAUGACAACGCACGAUCCGCUAGGCUUAGGGCACUGGUAGAGAAAUACACGACCGAUUUAGUCGAAAAGCAUUCGGUCAUUCUUACGGGCUCGACUGGAUCUCUCGGUUGCUACUUACUCCACGAACUUCUUCUCGAUCCUGCGGUUGCCAAGGUAUACUGUUUGAACCGUUCGGAGGACGCAGCAGGUAGGCAGAUCAAGAGUUUCCAAGAGAAAGGCCUGUCAACUUUUAAAGCUUUCGCCUCUAGAGUUGAAUUUCUCCACGCAAAGUUUGGAGACGAACGACUUGGGCUUGCCACUGAUGCCUAUGACCGGGUGCUUGAAUCCGUCGAUACUAUAAUUCACAAUGCUUGGAAGGUAAAUUUCAACCACCAAGUGGAAGCAUUCGAACAACCGCAUAUCGAAGGAGUUCGCCGGCUUGUCGACUUUAGCAUUGCUAGCACUCAUCGUGCCCAUAUUCACUUCAUAUCCUCAAUUUCGACUGUUGAAGGGUGGGACACCACAAAACGCGGCAUGCUUGUUCCGGAAGAGAUAUAUGAAGACGCCGACGUCGUGAUGCGCACCGGAUAUGGGGAAUCUAAACAUGUAGGAGAGCGGAUUUGCGCUUUCGCGUCUUCCUAUUGCGGCGUCCCAACCACCAUUCAUCGGGUUGGUCAAAUCGGAGGUCCAACAACAGAAAAAGGAGUGUGGAACAAGCAAGAAUGGUUUCCAUCUUUGGUUGCAACGUCGAAAACUAUAAAACAGCUUCCGUUAUCCCUUGGAACCAUAGCAGUGGACUGGAUUCCAGUGGACACAAUCUCGCGGGUAAUCCUCGAUAUUCUCCGAUCAAGGAGAAAAACUGAAGAGGAAGUCCGUUGCGCGGCCUUCCAUCUCGUCAACCCAAGUCCCGCCCCCUGGGAUUCGCUAAUACCCGCUAUCAAGAAACACUUCCCCGUCGAAAUCGUUGACCCGCAGAAGUGGAUCGCUAGCUUAGAAGCUAUCGCGAACCCAACCCAGGCCGAUCUGCAGGAUAAGCCUGCAUUGAAGAUUCUUGACUUCUUUCGUGGUGCUUUUAUUGGGCAAGUUGAAGGCUCAGGAAAGCCUCCGGUGUUGGACACUCAAAGAACACAGGAGGCAAGCGUCACCAUGCAACGGCUUAAGCCAAUUGACCAAGACAUCUUGAAUACUUGGAUGUUGCAAUGGCAGUUCUAAAUGAGUUGCAAAAACUGGAAAGGUUGAUUCCACGAAUGUCUAGAAGCCAUCAUUUGUACCGUCAAGUCUGUAACUUUCGUAAAUUUUGAUGGAGUGAAUGCCGGAACGAUAACCUCCUUUUUAACUAGCACUUGGAGAUAUUAUAUCAAAUAAGGUACGGUAUAUAUAGGAUGAAUUGAGAAUACUUUCUUUGAC